AUGGGUGACGCGCCCCUUGUCAAGGAGCAUCUGCUCAUCGCCUUCCAGCGCGAUCUAUCACCGGCAGUCGUCGAGGAUAUCCACACCAAGUUCUCAGAUGCCGAGAUCACUAUCAUUCGUCUGGAGAGAGGCUCCCCGGUCCCCAGUGAACUUGCGCGCAAAGCUACUAUUCUCGUGACAUUCACCAAUCUUCCUACUGUUGAAGAUGCUGUCAAUCUCAAACUCAUCCAUACACUCUCUGCUGGCGUCGACCAUUUCGUCACGCACCCCGUCCUCAGCAGCCACAUUCCCAUCUCCACCAGCUCUGGCAUCCACGGUCCCCCGAUUGCUGAAUGGACGGUGAUGAACUGGCUGAUCGCGUCCAAGGAAUUCGUGCGGACAUAUGAGAAUCAAAAGCUGCAACACUGGGCCCCGCUGGAUGCGUACAUGGAUAAAAUCCACGAUCAAGUGGGGAAGAAGGUUGGAAUCCUGGGAUAUGGAAGCAUUGGAAGACAGAUCGCUCGCGUCUCUGCCGCUCUGGGAAUGACCGUUCACGCAUACACUGCGUCGCCCCGCCCAACUCCCGAGUCUCGCCGUGAUACGAGAUACAUCGUCCCUGGCACUGGCGACGCCGACGGCUCAAUUCCGGUCUCAUGGCACCACGGCACAGACAAGGAAUCCAUCCACGCGUUCUUGAGUCUUGGAUUGGACCAUCUGGUCGUCUGCGUCCCGUUGACCACCCAGACGCAUCAUCUGCUGGGUGCAGAGGAAUUCGCGCUCCUAUCCGCGCAUGCACCAGUGGUAUCUCCCAAGCCGUAUCUGACCAAUAUCGCGCGGGGUAGAGUCCUCGACCAGGAUGCGUUGAUCGCGUCCCUGCAGUCCGGUGAGCUGAGCGGGGCGGCGCUGGACGUGACGAAUCCCGAGCCUCUCCCUGCAGAGCAUCCCCUGUGGAAGGCGCCGAAUGUGCGGAUUAGUUCCCAUGUCAGCUCACUGGGCAAGGAAUAUUUCCCUCGUUCGUUGGGCAUUGCUAAGCUGAACAUGGAAAGGCUGGGGAGGGGCGAGCCGUUGGUGAAUGAAUAUAAGCGAACCAAGGGCUAUUAG